AGAUAAAGCGUCGGUGACACUUCCUUUUAUUUCAUUAAACAAAACUAAAAGAGAACAUAGAAAAAUAAAUCCAAAAAGGGAAAAAAAGAAAGUUGAAAAUCUUUGAGCUCAGUGGUAAUCAGACAUUGGUCUCUCUCUGGGGAUCAUUUAACUGAAGUUUCUCCAUUUUUUCCAUUUGCUUGAACCAUUACAUAUUAUUUAGAGUAGUUCUUGUUUUAUCAAGAAGAUCCACACCCCAUCAGUUUCUCUUUCAAUACAAACUGGGAUCUUGAAAUAGUGAGAAGAUUUUUAGUUGGAUUUUCAGCUUGGAAGAGCAUUAGUUUCUUUAAUCUUGGUAUUAUAUUGAUGAAGCUAGUCAACGUGUUGUUCCAUUAAAUUGGCUCAGUAGCUGUACAUGAAAUUGGGUUGGUGUUGAUACAGACAAUUUUGAGUAAACGUUUGUAGCAUACAUGUCCAACUGAUGGAUGAACUGAACAUAGUAAGACCAUCACCCUUGAGGCUGAAUGGUCCCGGCCCCGUGAAGUCCACAUUGUCAGGAAGAUCAACUCCUAGAGGAGGAUCCCCUUCCUUCAGAAGAUUGAACUCUGGACGUACCCCACGAAGAGAUGGUAAAAGCGGUGCCUUCAGUUCUCAGUGGUUUAGAAGUAACCGCAUUGUACUUUGGCUGCUUCUGAUUACUCUUUGGGCUUAUGGAGGAUUUUAUAUCCAGUCAAGAUGGGCUCAUGGAGACAACAAGGAAGGCAUCUUUGGAGGAUCCGAAGGUGAUGUGGCCAAUGUAACUUCUCAACCAGAGGAAAAAGUUCAACGAAUUCUAGUUGCAAGUGAGGAUUCUUUAACAAUCAAGGCUCCAAGUAAUAAAACACUGAGCAAUGCAAUGGACCUGGAUGUAGUUUUGGCCAAACAGCACAAUAGUGUGGUAUCUGACAAGGGUGUCCAAGUGUUGGAAACAUUUGUUGCAAUUACAUCUUAUAAUAAUUAG